AAUCAGCCAUUUUUAAGCGCCGGAACCUCCCUUUUAAAUUGUUUCUCCUCCGUGUUUUCAGCCCGUUCGAUGGAGCCUGCUGCUACUUUUAAACUCGUCCUGGUCGGUGAUGGUGGGACUGGGAAGACUACUUUUGUGAAACGUCACAUCACUGGCGAGUUCGAGAAGCGUUAUGUCGCCACACUUGGUGUUGAGGUGCAUCCUUUGGAUUUCCACACCUCCCGGGGAUUGAUACGAUUCAAUGUCUGGGAUACUGCGGGUCAGGAGAAAUUCGGUGGCUUACGGGAUGGUUAUUAUAUCCAAGGACAAUGUGCUAUCAUCAUGUUCGAUGUCACUAGUCGUGUCACCUAUAAGAAUGUUCCCAAUUGGCAUCGCGACCUGGUUCGUGUGUGCGAGAACAUCCCCAUUGUUUUGUGUGGCAACAAAGUCGACAUUCAAGAUCGGAAGGUAAAGGCGAAAUCGAUAACCUUCCACCGAAAGAAGAACCUGCAGUAUUAUGACAUCUCCGCCAAAUCUAACUACAAUUUUGAAAAACCCUUUUUGUGGCUAGCCAGAAAGCUCGUCGGGGACGCAAACCUUGAGUUUGUAGAAAUGCCGGCCAUGCAGCCCCCAGAAUUGACCAUGGAUGCAAACCUGGUAAAACAGUACGAGCAGGAAAUCGAGCUCGCAGCAGUUGCUCCCUUGCCGGAUGAAAACGACGAAGAUUUCUAGGUCAUCAUGUGAAGUCAUGCCAGAUGUCGUAAUUGUUACAUCUAUUUUAUAUGAGUUCAUUUGACCGGUGAAAUUCCGGCUGUUUUACCGAUUAAGUGGAUUCACAGAAUACACAAUGCUGCACGCGA